AUGAUCCGCUUCAUAUUGAUUCAAAACCGAGCUGGAAAGACGAGGUUGGCCAAGUGGUACAUGCAGUUUGAUGAUGAUGAAAAACAAAAAUUAAUUGAGGAGGUCCACGCUGUGGUGACGGUGAGAGACGCCAAACACACUAAUUUUGUGGAGUUCAGAAACUUCAAGAUUAUUUACCGACGCUAUGCUGGACUCUACUUCUGCAUUUGUGUGGAUGUGACUGAUAACAACUUGGCAUACCUCGAAGGAAUCCACAACUUUGUGGAGGUGCUAAAUGAAUACUUUCACAAUGUGUGUGAAUUGGACCUUGUCUUCAACUUUUAUAAGGUGUAUACUGUGGUGGAUGAGAUGUUCCUCGCAGGAGAAAUCAGGGAGACGAGUCAGACAAAGGUGUUGAAGCAGCUCCUCAUGCUGCAGUCACUCGAGUAG